AUAGCGAUAAAUCAAAACCGCUUAAUUAUUUGCUUCAUGGAGUAAUUGUUCACAGUGGCGAUUUACAUGGAGGCAAUUAUUAUGUCUUAUUAAAACCAGAAAAGAAUGGCAGAUGGUUCAAAUUUGAUGAUUUUAGAGUUACACCUGUGACGGAUAAAGAAGUCCUUGAAGAUAAUUAUGGGGGUGAAGUUCCUAAUUCAACUAGGAGAAAUGUUGAAAAAGUUACGAAUGCUUAUAUAUUGGUGUAUAUCCGUGAAUCUGAUAUCGACUCCGUGCUAUCUCCUGUACUUACUAAGGAUACACCGGAGCAUUUGCAAAGACGAAUAGAUAAAGAAAUGACUUUAUAUGAACAGAAAAAAAAAGAAGCUGAAGAGCGUCAUUUAUAUUUGUCUACAAAGCACUACCAUUGGUUUGAUCUUGCUAAUUUUGACGACCAACAAUACGCGCUAUCUGAAUUUCCACAAAUUAUGGUUUUAAAAAGCGAUACAUAUCGUGCUUUUAAAGCUAUUGUCGCUCACAAAUUUGGGACUUCACCCGAAAAAAUAAGAUUCUGGGUUCUUGUAAAUCGCCAAAAUAAAACUAUUAGGUCAGAUGUUCCAAUACCAAAUGAUUAUCUUGAUAUGGAGAUGGAAGAAAUUCGCAAAAAAAUGGUUCCAAGACAUAAUGACCUAAAAUUAUUUUUGGAAGUUGCAGAUAAAUCAAUUAAUGGCAAAGCAUGGUUCCCGCCAAAAGAAAAAAAUUCUUAUAUAUUAGUUUUCAUUAAGUACUUUAAUCCCGAUACACAAUCUCUAGAAGGAGUGUGUCAUUUAUAUGUUAGAAAAUUUGGUAAAGUUGGUGAUAUUAUUCCAAUUCUUUGCAAGAAAAAAAAUUUUCCACCACGCACACCCUUGAAUAUAUAUGAA